ACAUAUUCACAUCGCAUCAAGCUUGAUUUACUUCGAUCCAAGAAAGCCACCUGCUAAUCACCUCACCUGAGAUACCAAACGUUCACGAACCGCCAGCCGAAGGCCUGAAGCCACAGCUAAGGAGCGAGAUCCAUGGGGAACUCAUACAGCGGGGGUGGCUCGGCGCCGGCGCCGGCGGCACUGGAAGUGCCGCUGCACCUGUGCUUCUUCCUGCUGGUGCUGCUCCUCUUCCUGGCCUGCUCGUGGUACACGAGCUACGAGUCGGCCGCGGAGUCGUUCGCCUACCAGGCGCGCAUCGUGCUCAUGGCGUCGCCGUUCGCGCUGCUGCUGGCCGUGCGGCUGCUGUCCAGCGUCUCUGGCGAGGGCGCGGGCCGGAGCGUGGGUCACCUGCUGGCGGUGCCGAUGCCUGAGCGGGACUCCAUCCACCGCGCCGGCGGGUCGCCGUGGGGCGUCGGGGUCCUGCUCCUGCUGCUCCUCGUCAUGGUUUCCUACCAGUCCAACUUCCGGGAGAAAUGGUUCCCGCUCGCAAGCAGGUGAGCUGAACCAUCCAUGCAUGGCGCGGUUGGUGCCGGGAGACGUCCAUGUAUGUAAACAAACGCUUGCCGAUUGUGGCGGUGCGCUUGAGGCUUUCACGUCUACUUGUCUGUAACUGUAAAAGUGUACGUGAUGAGUUAUAUCCGCGGUAAAUGCAAUCUCCAAUUG